AUGGAUAUGGAGGCAUUUGGAACUCUCCAAUCUCUUCGUAAGUUGGGGUACGACAAGAUGGAGCGUGUGCUGUUGGACGCGUUUCUCCAAGGACUCUCAAAGAAAAUUGAGGUUGUAUCUAAGAAAACAACGGAGGUAAAGGAGUUUUGUGAGAAAGUUGAGCUCGACGAGCUCCUUAAAGAAGUGAAUUCUUUCAUACUUUCCCUUAACGAGCCACUGGAUCUAGUAAAGUUAAGGGAAGAUUGGAGAUCAGUUGAUGAUAGCCUAUAUCGGAUAAGAAAAAAGUUUCUUAAUUGGCUUGAUGCGAGUGAACAGUUCAUGGAUCAGUGGCAAGCUGUGUGCAAUGCCCAGAGGAAUGAUGAGUUUGCAAAGCAAAGGCUGGAGGAAGCUCAAUUGGAGCUUGAUGUGUACACUGAUUCACUCUAUAAAUAG